CAGUCAGAUUGCAAUGGGUGUUGCCACAAUGAAACCGGUUACCAAGAGAUUGACGAGCCUCGACGUAGUAUCAAUAGCGUUUGGGAAUACGGUCAACAGGCACUUUGCGACAGAAGUCUUUCUUGGGGGUGGUAUCGCUUCACGAGCUACGUGGGUGGCGAAAUGCCAACUUCCAAAGUAGACCGAAAUCGCUGUGGUACGUUAGCUCCAGUUUGGUUGAACGGAGAUCAUCCUGUAAACGGAACUGUUACUCGGAAAGCCUGUGUAAACUUUCACGACGUAAACAAUGGUUGCGCUGAAUCGUUCGACAUAAAAAUAACGAAUUGCGGAUCAUAUUUCGUCUACUAUUUGAGACCAACUUACUCUUGUGCUGUCGCCUACUGCGCUGGU